AUGACUAUAGUAGACGAGCCAUCGGGAAGCGAAGCCAGUCCUGACGACAAGUACAGAGACUUCUUAGACGCUACGGCCGUUAUGAUUGCCGUGGGCCUUUUGCACACAAAGCCUGCGAUUCGUAUCGCAGGAGUCAUGCCCGCGUUCGCCGCGCGUUCCGCACUUCCCGCGCUGACGCGGUGGUCGCUGCCCUUGAGACCGUUUUCCGCGUUCAGUCCGCAGUGGGCGACACUGAACCAGAUUAAAAGAGGCGCAAAGCCGCCAGAACGCAAGAAACAGACUGUGUCACCGGAUCUCAAACGUUGUCCCGUCAGAAAGGGUGUCGUUCUCAGAGUAAUGGUGCUGAAGCCCAAAAAGCCUAAUUCCGCACAGAGAAAAGCUUGUAGGGUUCGCCUCACCAACGGGAACGUCAUUUCUGCAUAUAUACCGGGCGAAGGCCACAACGCACAGGAGCAUAGCAUUGUUUUCGUUCGUGGGGGCCGUUGUCAAGACUUGCCCGGUGUCAAGUACCGCGUCGUGCGCGGUGCCGGCGAUCUCAGCGGAGUCGUUAACAGGAUCACUUCCCGUUCUAAAUAUGGUGUCAAGAUGCCUCAGAAGGACUAA